AUGUGGGUCAUGUUAUAUCUACGAGCCAAGUCAGAAAUGACUUAUGAUUAUCCAGGCACUUGGGGAAAGGUUUCUUCCUCCUCCAACUGAGACCGCCUUCAUUGCACCAUUUUUCAUAACAUGACCUGACUAAGAGAAGAGAAAAGAUAAGAUCCAAGUUUCAAUAACUAUGAAGAGGGGAGAGUUGGUAUUCGUCCCGUCACCCGGCAUCGGUCAACUUGUGCCCGCUGUCGAAGUUGCCAAGCUCCUUGUCCAAAGAGACCACCGCCUCUCGGCCACAAUAUUCAUCAUCACAUUGCCGUUUGACAAUAAAAUCACCACCUACGCCGACUCUCUUGCUUCUUCUUCUUCCUCCAUUGAUGGCCGCGUCAAGUUCGUUACCCUCCCUGAACAGGAACCUGCCUCGGAGGGGAACUUCUUGACCUCCCUAAUAGAAAUCCAGAAACCCCAUGUCAGAAAUGCGGCUGCCCGGUUUGCUCAUUCUGAGUCAGGCUCUGAGGAGCCGAGACUCGCAGCUUUCAUGAUUGGCAUGUUCUGCACGACGAUGAUUGACAUUGCCAAUGAGUUUGGUGUCCCCACUUAUGUCUUUUACACUUCAAGUGCCGGCGCUCUUGGUCUCAUGCUCCAUCUCCAAGCCCUUCGUGACGUCCAUAGCCAAGACAUCACGGAGCUGAAAGACUCAGAUACUGAGCUGACGGUCCCGAGUUGCGUUAACCCAGUUCCAGCCAAAGUCUUGCCCUCUGUGGUGCUAAACAAAGAUUGGUCCACGGUGAUACUGGAUCAGUUUCAGAGAUUCAAAGAAACAAAGGGCAUAUUGGUAAAUACAUUUCUGGAGCUGGAAUGCCAUGCCAUCAAGUCCUUUGCAAACUGUGAAAUCCCGUUGGUGUACCCAGUGGGACCCAUACUAGACCUCAUGGGUGAUGCUCACGUGGGGUCUAGUUACGAUCGACAGAGGGAGGAUCUCAUCUGUUGGUUGGAUGAUCAGCCUCUGGCAUCGGUCGUGUUCCUUUGCUUCGGGAGCAUGGGAAGCUUCAGCGAGGAUCAAGUUAGAGAGAUCGCGUGCGCGCUGGAGCAAUGCGGGUAUAGGUUCUUGUGGUCCCUACGUCGGCCUCCGCCUAAAGGCAAGAUGGGGUACCCUAGUGAUUACGCCAAUCCUGAGGUCGCAUUGCCCGACGGGUUCUUGGAACGGACAGCCACAGUGGGGAGAGUGAUCGGUUGGGCUCCACAGGUGGCGGUCCUGGCCCAUCCGGCAGUUGGAGGGUUUGUGUCGCACUGCGGGUGGAAUUCAAUACUGGAGAGCAUUUGGUAUGGCGUACCAGUCGCCACGUGGCCGCUGCACUCGGAGCAGCAAUUCAAUGCCUUCGAAAUGGUGAGGGAGCUGGGAUUGAGCGUUGAGAUAAGGAUGGAUUACAGGAGGGAGGUGAGGGCUGAGAGCGAGUCAAUGGUUUGUGCAGAUGAGAUAGAGAGAGGGCUCAAGAGUCUGAUGGAAAGCGGCAAUGAGAUGGAGAUGAGGAAGAAGGUGAAGGAGAUGAAGGCAAAAUGUAGGAUGGUGACCGUGGAAGGUGGGACUUCAUACUCUUAUCUAGGUCUGCUGAUUAGUGAGAUUUUGGACAACAUGCAAUGAAGGGGACAAACGACAGCUACAACUACCAAAUCGAUGGUGAAAAAAAUGACUUCUGCAGAGAAUUUCUCUUCCACCUUCAUUGGACGCAAAAAUUAUCGCAAAACCACCAUUGUACGCAAAAAUUAUCGCUUUUCUAUUUCGUUUUAUGUCAAGGGACUUCUCUUGUGUGUACAUAAGACAGGAUCUAUCAUUACAAGCAAA